CUUCUUCUGACGUCACGAACAAAAACCGACUAUACUUAUCGCUCGGGCCAGUUUGAAACAUUUCUGUGCGGACGCUCACUUUGCUUCUCAAGCUCUCGGUGAGCGGACACGUUUGCUUUUCCACCUCUCGCAAACGUGACUAAAAGAAAAUUCAGGCAUGAAGUGCUCUCUUGUGAGCGGCAUCCUACUGCUCACAGUAGUGAUAGUUCUGUCAGUCAAUGCGGUCCAGUCCAAGAAGGUUUUGAUGUGCUACUACAGCAGCUGGUCGUACUUUCGAAAUGACAAGGGACAAUUUAGUGUGUCCAACAUCGACCCACAUCUAUGCACUCACCUCAUUUACGCUUUCAUUGGAGUGAACAACGAUGGAACAGUCAGAGUGAUGGAUCCUUAUCUCGACUUAGAAGAAAAUUACGGAUUAGGAAAUUUCAAAAAGUUCAAUGAAUUGAGGAAGCAGAAUUCCGAAUUGAAAACACUGGUGGCAAUUGGUGGCUGGAAUGAAGGAUCCACCGUUUUCUCAAACGUGGUUAAAGAUGCUAAUUUGCGGUCCAAUUUUGUUAACAACCUGUACAACUUUGUCAAGAGACACGACUUCAGCGGCCUUGAUUUGGAUUGGGAGUAUCCAGCGCAAAGAGGAGGUGUCCCAGAGGACAAACAAAACUUCGUGUAUCUGGUUCAAGAGUUGAAACAGAAGUUUGCGCCUGAAGGUUUGCUUUUGACCGCAGCAGUCCACGCUGCCGUUGGAUCAGUAGCAAUUUCUUAUGAUAUACCUGAGCUUGUCAAAAACUUGGAUUUCAUAAACAUGAUGUCUUACGAUUACCAUGGAAGCUGGGACUCAACAACAGGAAUCAACUCUCCGAUGUAUCCCUCACACAUUGACUCCGAUUUAAACCUGAACAUUGAUGCUACAAUUCAAUUCUGGCUCAACAAUGGGUGCCCACCUGAAAAAUUAGUUCUUGGCGCUCCAACGUUUGGACGAACGUUUACCUUGGCCAACCAAAACAGCCCAGGGCUUGGAGCACUUGCCAAUGGUCCUGGUUUGCCUGGCCCAUACACCAUGGAAUCCGGAUUUUUGUCCUACUAUGAGAUUUGCGAGCUACAAUACCCUGGCUUGUGGAGCAUCAACUGGGCAGCUCAACAAAAGGUGCCGUUCGCCUUCAAGGGCGGUUUGUGGGUGGGUUACGAAAACCCUGAGUCCAUGAAAAUAAAGGCGGAAUAUGCAAAUACCAAUAAUUUAGGAGGUGUGCUCGCUUGGGGUCUUGAAACUGAUGACUUCCUUGGCUCUAAAGAAUGUAAUGAGGGGAAAUACCCACUCAUCACAGCCAUGAAAAAUACACUGAACUAAACCUAACUUAACUGCUAAGUAAAUUAUUACACUGGAAACAAAAUAUUCAAAUAAAUUUAUGAUUUUAUAUAUA